GACCUCUUGAAUGCCGAGGAACAGCAGGCACAGAAUCGCAAGCUGCCGGAAUGCCUUGCACAGCUUUCAGAUCAGUUGUAUGAUGCUGAGGAUGUGGUGGGUGAAGUGAAGUGUGAAUUGGAGAAUCCAUCUAGAGACGAAUCCUGGUUAAGAGAAAUAUUAAACACUCUGACAUGCUUAUCUAUUCCUUAUGUCAAGAAGAGCAAACAACUCGCUGAGAUUACAAAAGAUUUGGUGAAAUAGCAGCUGCUAUUAAGUGUAAACGUGGUCAGAAUGAAUGCGAGGUUAGGCGUGGUUAUUCGACGGAGAUGCCGAUAAAGCACACCUUUGUUGGUACUUCAGAAGUUUUUGGAAGAGACGGUGACAAGAAAAAGAUUAUAAACUUUUUGCAGCAGCCAAACAGUGAAGGUGAAAAGAUCUCUGUUAUCGCCAUAGUUGGAGGUGGAGGGGUUGGGAAAACUACUCUGGCCAAACAGGUGUAUAGUGACAAAAUGAUAGACGAACACUUUGCUAUAAAGAUGUGGGUACGUGCACCUGAGGACUUUGAUAUAGCUACUUUGAUGAAAGAAACUCAUACUUCUGCAACUGGUCAAUAUCAGGCUGGAUUAUCCGUCAAAGAGUUAGAAGAUCGCUUGCUGAAAGAAUUGGACGGUAAGAAAUUUUUGUUAGUCUUGGAUGAUGUGUGGAAUGAAAAUGAUGAUAAAUGGGAAAAAUUCAAAAAGUUAUUGACGCAGAAACCCAAUGGGAGCAAAAUUGUGGUUACUACACGUAGUAAUCAAGUAGCGAAAGUAAUGGGCGCGGUUGACAAGUCUGUUUUAAAAGGCCUUUCCCGAGAAGAUUCUAAAUUGCUGUUUAAGAAAUCGGCGGCUUUUACAGAUGAACAAAGCAAAGAUCAAGAGCUCAUUGAAAUUAGGGAUGUAAUUGGGGAUAAAUGUGGUGGCAAUCCUUUAGCUGUGAAAACUUUAGGAACCCUACUUCGUCAAAACAGAGAGCCGUCUAUUCGGUCGCUAGUCAAAGAAAACAGAAAAUGGAGUCAAGAACAAGCGUUGAAGUUCAGUUACGCUCAUUUGCCAUCCCGUUCGCGGAGAUGUUUGUCGUAUUGCUCCUUGUUUCCUAAGGGUUAUUGCUUCAACAGUAAUUAUCUGGUCUGUCAUUGGAUGGCGCAUGGUUUUCUUGCUACUGAUAAUGAAAAUAAAGAGUUGGAAGAAGUUGGGUUGCAAUAUUUCAACGAAUUAAGUUCGAGAUGUUUUUUUCAAGAUGUUGAAGAUCAUGGUUAUUUUUUUACAUUUCAGAUGCAUGACUUUGUACAUGAUCUUGUCCUCAAAGUAGCAGAAACAGAGUGCAAAGUGGUAGAUCUCAGAUUCCCAAAAAAUAAAGAAAAUGCUCGACAUUUGUCAUUUCUCGACAUUGAGUAUUCUGGUCAAGUAGUUCCAUUUAUUUCCAAGAAAUUGCGGACCAUCAUCAUGCAAAGUAUACUAUCUGAGCAUGUUACUUCGGCCUUCCUUAAUACAUGGAUAUCAAAUUUUAAGUGCCUCAGGUUGUUAUGCUUAAGUGGUCUACAAUUUGAUGUCUUGCCAUUUUCUAUUGGUGCAUUGAAACAUUUGAGAUGUCUAGACUUAUCUUGGAAUUUAAUUUUGAAGGAAAUUCCCGAGCAUGUUUCUAAACUUCUGAAUUUACAAACCUUAAGACUUCUUGGUUGUUCAAAUCUUCAGAAGUUACCUCGCGAUAUGCAGAAGAUCACCAGUCUCAGGUAUUUGGAAAUAACUGCAAAAGAGAUAGGAGAAUGGAUGCAAAAACUCACCAGCCUCCGAAUAUUGGUUUUGCAAGGUUGUGGUAGCUUGAACUCAUUGCCAUACAAUAUGAAAGAUCUGAAAGGAUUAAAGAAGCUGGUGAUACGCAGUUGUCCGAAGAUUAAUCUGAAGAUGGAUUUGCAAGGCGAAGACCCCAACUCGAGCAAGACGGACUCGCAAAGCGGCGACUCCAACCACUGGACUGACACUCUAGAGUACCUGCGGAUUGAAGCAUGUCCAGAGCUCAAAGAAUUACCACCAUGGCUUGCGAGUCUCAAAGCACUUAAAAAACUUGAGAUUUUAAGUUGCCAAGAACUGUCAUCUCUGCCAGACGGGAUGCAGAACCUCACCAACCUUAGAGAAUGGAAGAUAAAAAAUUGUCCUACCCUGAGCGAAAGCUACACGAAGGUUUUGCCGAAAAAAUCUGAUGUGCUGGAGAUUCAACCGGAUCCAUGAUAGCUUCAUUGAUGAAUUGAAUAAUGAAUAAAUAGCCAGCUUCCCCAGAGAUUCUGGCAAAGUCUUCAACCAGUGGAAGAAGUUUCGAUUCGGAGUCCUGCUAAUUGCGAUGCUGCUUUUUUUUU